AUGGCCCGUCUGACGCGCCACGGGGCGCUGGGCUUCUGUGGCCGGGCCGGCAGCCUCGCCGGCAUUCUCUGGGCCUGGACGCGCAUCAUCGUAUCCGCGUUCGUGCCUUGGAUAACGCACCGGCGGCGCUGGUUCCUGCACUCUGUAGAGGAUGUGCGCUCUGGCACCCCGGCUUCGCCCUUGGACCUCCCAAACAGACGUUUCCCGAAUCUUUGCCCUCUCCUCUCCUCGGGCGUGACAAUGACGCUCGCAGCGCACGCGUGCGCGAGCGCACAGCCCUGCAACCCACUGCUCCGACAGCAACGGGCGCCGCACGCGGCGCGCCAGGCGCGCACGUCCGUCCGAAGGCACGCGGAGCGGUUCGACGCGUGGCGAGAGAGCUACGCGGAGCGAGAGGACCGACGCCCCGCGGGCAGCGCCCCGUGGUGGCAACGUAGCCCCCCGCAACGGUCGCCAACGUCGUGGCCCUCCCGCGCGCCGCCGCCGUCGCCAAAGCCGCGCCUCCAGCCGCGGCAGCGCAGUCCGAGACGCCGGCCACCGUCCCAGGGACUCGGAUCCAGAGGACUCUCCGAGGAUCGAGCAACUGAGGUCAUCGCGGCGAUCGGCCUCCCGCUGCUCGUCGUCGCCCUCCCCGUGGUCUUCCGCAACCCCCUGAGGCUGGCGGUGGUGUUGCUGGCACUGCUGUCCCCGGUGGCGCGGCGUGCGGCGGCCAGGACGCUCCGGGCGGUCGCCUACGCGAUCACCGUGUUCCUGGGCGGCACCGACGGGGUCCGAGGCGGUCGUUCGGGUGACAUCAGGGGGGGGGGAGUGCUGGCGUGGUCGGAGGACCCCACCGCGCCUGUCGUGACGGACAGGGCGAGGCUGCGCGGCGCAGGGUGGGACGAGGCGGUGGACAGGCGGGGAGAGACGUGGGGGGACGCCGAGGACGACGACGGGCAGGGGGGGGAGUCCUGGGGGAGUCUCAGACGUGGCGAGUGGUAUGAGCUUGGCUGGGGGGGCUGGGACCGCGAUGACGGCGAGGGCGAGUACGCCGAGGAAGUGGCUGCGUCCCCCAAGGACGCGAACAGCCGGGACCGUCGCGACCCGGAGCGGACGGAAGCGGCUCCGCCCAGAGCCACAGCAGCAGCGCCCGGCAGCGGCGCGGCAGCGACGGUGCGGACCCGCGUGCCGCGGGCGGUGCAGGAGGACGUCACUGCAAUGCGCGGAGCAGCGCUGGAGGAGGACGCGCUCCCGAGCACAGGCACGGGCGAGGAGGGCGGCAAAGAGCGCGGCACUGACACAGCCGGAGAGGGGUGUGUGCGGCGUAUCGACGGGGCCGUGCCGCCGCGGCGCGAGGAGCUCCGCGAGGAUCUUACGGCGGCCGAGGCGCGGGGCGAGGACUUUCUGGGGGGGCGGCGGGCCCCUGCAGCCACCCGCGCACGCAGGUCGUCAGGAGGCGGUUACAGGGGCGCGAGGGCGCGUCGGCAGCCGCAGCGCGGCGAAUCCGCGCGUGGCAGCGCUGUUGGCUCGGCGAGGGGCUCGCAGGACGUGGUAGAACCUGAAAUAGUCCCCCCGGAGGUGUACGCAGCUGAGGGGGCGACGGGAGCGCCGCCGCCGCCGCCCGCGCAGGACUACACGGGCCGCGCGAUCGACUCUUUCCUGCGGUGGGUGUCCGGCGCUCCGUCGCUGCGAACCGAAGCCCAGACGUUCCGCGCCACAACUCCGCGCGGGAGCGUGUACGACGUCGAGGGCUCUCAGCGCCCGCCGAAGGCAGCUGACGACGCGACGGCCUGGCCGAGCUCGCCGAUAGGUAGCUUCGACAUGCCGCCCGGGGGGUACCCAGCGAGCACGCCGGGUAUGACGCCGAACGACAUGGGGGCGUUGUUCGCGUCCGUCAGACGGACCGUCGACGAGGCCGUGCGCGGGCCGCUGAACAGCAGCGCGUACGACAGCGCGGCGGGGAGCGUGGACGGCGACCGGUACGUGGAUCCGAGGGCGCGGCGGGUGCUGAGGGACGACCCGCGCGGCCAACGCAAGGCAGCGAUAGGUGCGGUGUUUCCGUUCCUGCGCGACUGGGGCGGGUGGGAGGACGCGUCGUGA